AUGGGCGCCAAGGGCUUGACUGGCCAAGAUCCAGAAAUCCGCCUGAUAGAAGCAGAGUCAUUCACCAAGUUCCAUCCAUCCCGCCAGCCUCAAAGGAGGCGCUUCGUUGCCCUGAGUGAGGCUGCCAGCGUUUCGCUACAAUAUUCUGAACUUGCGACAAUGGUCUCGCGCCAUCGAGUCUCCCUAGGGAGCCUGGCAACUCGCAACGCGCUUCUCUUUGCGGCUUCAGCUGGGCAGCAGCGUUGA